UAAUAUUGUAACAGUGUAAAGUAGCUUUGAAACAUUUUUGGUUCCGGCCGAUAGAGUGGAUUAACAAAAUACGAUGUAAAAUUAUCAGUUUGAUUAUGGUUUUUUGUCAUAAUUAUUUGUGCAAAUAUUGUUUUUAAAAUAAUUCAACAACAGUUUGACUGGUAUAAUUUUUAAAUAAAGCAGUAGUUGCAGAAGAGAUUUGGAAGUAAAAUUAAAACCUACCACCCUAGGCCCUGUUUUAUUAAAAUUUUCUAAGCUUUCAUAAUGGGUUCCCUACUUUCCAGAUUUAGAAAAAAGCCUACAACCAUGGAACAGUUACAAACAAUUGAAGAUAGUCUUAUAAAAAUUGAAGACUACAAGAGACACACAGAAAGGUCUCAGAAAAAAGCAGUUGCCAAUGUGCUGAUCUACGGCGCAGCUCUGUACAUCUUGGCUUGUGUGAUUGUGUUCGUCUGGUAUCUGCCGGAGUCUUGGCUGGUCAGAUUAGGUUUGCUUGUUCCUCUGGUACUGGUGCCGUUCAUAAUCUACCGAAUGAAACGUUUUAUUUCAAAGUAUUUCCACAACAAAAUGGUCAGAGCCAAUGAGGACUAUGAAAACUUACAAAAAAAGAAGAAAAACCUCAUAGACAAUGUAAUGGAGACUGAGACAUUUAACAAAGCAAGGGAAAUAUUGGUAAAAUACGCUCCAGAACGUCUCGACAAAAAGUUGCAAAAUCCGUAUUUAACGCCAGAAAAAACUGUAGCUAAAACAUCAACAACGGAUUUACGGCAACGGAACAUCGUAAAUGUUACAACCUCUACUACAGCAUUGCAAAAUAUGCCCAAGCCACCAGCUGUCUUAAAGAUGGAGAUUAAUAACUUAAAGCAGAAACUCCAGAAUCCUUCUUUUGAGGCUAGGCAAAUUCCUCAGCCUCUAUUCAAGAAGAAUCGGACUCUGUCAGAAAAGCUAGUUGAUUAUCUGAUUGGGGAUGGACCUGAAAAUAGGUAUGCCCUAAUCUGCAAAUUUUGCAACGGACAUAAUGGGAUGGCUCUUAAAGAAGAGUUUCAAUUCAUUUCUUACUCUUGCUGCUACUGUCUCGAGUUCAAUGCAUCACGCACCAAGAGACCGUUGGCACCUAGACUUUCAACUGAGACACAAGAUGUUCAACCUGCUCAGCCACCAACUGAGACACAAGAUGUCCAACCUGCUCAGCCACCAACUGAGACACAAGAUGUUCAACCUGCUCAGCUGCAAAGUGAGACACCAGAUGACCAACCUCCCCAGUCGUCACAGCAUAUACAAUCAACUUCUGGGGAACAUUUGGAAAACUUGGAGAGUACUACGCAAAAUAAGACUGAAGAAGCCAAUCUAACAGAUAGUACAUGUCAAACAGAGAUAAACAUAGCACGUAGUAGACAAGAUCAGAAAUUUAUAGAAUUUUUGCAAAAUUAUAUAAGGAAGAAAGGCAUUCAUAUUAAGAAAGAGGAAAUGUUAGUUUCCAGUAACACAAGAACAGAUAACACACAAUCAGAUAAGAUGCAUGAAACAAAAGUAGAUGUAGCAUGUAGUAGAAAUGAACUCUGUGCUAAACCUGAUACUAGUUUUGAUGAAUUUAUGAUAAGUUACGCAGGUUUGAAAGGCAUUCAAUUAAAGAAAGAGGACCUGUUAAUUCUCAGUCACAGAACAAAAACAGAUUUCAUGCAAGAGAUUAAAACAUCAUGUGAAUCAGCUGUUUUUGAUACCAACUCUUCCAAAUCAGUUUCAGAGCAUCACGAUAGUGAGGUUGACGAAAAAGCUGUUCUAGAUAAUUUUAUGAGAGACUUUAAUAAACGGUGGCGAGAAACCCAAAGACAGAAAAGUUUAGCCCGGAACUCCAAAACUAAUGUACCACUUAAAAAUAGUAGGUCCUCUAAUAAAUCUAUCACAGAGCAACAUGACAGAGAUGACAGUGAUGAUAGUGAUAGUAGUGAUUAUAGUGGUGAUAGUGAUGAUGAUCUAGCUCAUGUAGAUAGAUUUACAAGAGACUAUAGAAAAUGGCGAGAACCAGUAAAAGAAAAGUCGUUAGGUCUUUUUACAAAAGUUGGCAAUAUCUUUACAAGUACACCAAAACAACCAGCACAAAAAAAGAGGAGGUCUGUACGUAAAGAUUAUAAAUUUCCCACUCCCAUUCCUUUUGACGAGUUUAUCAGACAGUUGGAUAAUUCCGCAGAGAGUGCAGGGAUAGAAUCCAUAGAAGAAACAGAACAAGUGAGCGAUCGUAAGGAAAGAGACCAGGAGACAGCAGAUCCGGAGCCAAAACAGCCGAUGCAGUUUGUAGAAGAGAUCAGACAAGGCGAAUCUCAAACGACACAAACUGGAAGUAGACCUGUAGAAGCCUAGUCUACAGCACGCAAUCUCACAUUAGUUUCCAGGGACCAUUGUUAUCCCAAUUUUUCAUUAUCAAAAUUUUCAAGUUAUCAACAUUGUCAUGUUUUCAUAAAUUAUUGAAGUAUUUUAAAAGUUUAAUGUUUUUAAUAACAACAUAACUUUUCUAUCUGUGAAGAAAAAUUCUUUGUUAUUUAAUUAUUGUGAUAUUUAUUUAAAAUAAAUAUGUAUUUGUUGUA